GCCAGCAGUAGCAAUCUCCAAAGCUCCCUCUCAGUUCUGCCUACACUCCUCUGCCUGGCCUGCAUCAUGAAGGUCCUCGAGGCUACCAUCCUUGUCCUCCUCUGCACCAUGGCCCUCUGCUCCUCUCAGGAAGUGUACAUGGACAUCUUAAGCACCUGCUGCUUCUCGUACGUGCCCCACCGGAUCUCCCGCAGAUUUGUCACUCACUAUUUUAAGACCAGCAGCAAGUGCCCCAAAAGUGGUGUUGUUUUUAUCACCAGAAGGGGCCAGCAUAUCUGUGCCGAUCCCAGCAAAUCCUGGGUUCAGGAAUUCAUCCGCAGAAUGGAUGAAAUUCCCCAAGAGGUCCGGAGCGGUCCAAAGGCCUUCGAAUACACAAACUAGGGGUAUGUCCCUGCAAUCCCAGAAGUUCCCUGUCCUAUGAGUGCAUCCCCUCUCAACUAACCACAUUUUGAAAGUUUUCUUUAUGUAGUAAGGUAUUCAAAUAUUGUUAAAUCGUUUUAUUAAUUUGAUGCUUUCUCUGAGAUAUCAUUGUAACACCUUGUUAUCCCUAAAUCCUUCCCCAGUCAGCAUACAGUGGGUGACUCCUGUUCAUGGUGAUAGUGAAUGAAUGAUUGUGCUCCUGUCUCUGGGUCAACAUUGGAAAAAACAUAUCAACAGAUGCUUACUGAGUUUGGAUAGGCCUUUUGCUCUGUUAAAAUGCUGGAAUAAUAAAGAUUCUUUUUGUUUUCUUAUGUAAA